AUGUGUCAGUUUGUCCAAUCCGACAACGCACCAGUCAGUUUAUCACUCCUCCGGUACAACCUCCGGUUCUUCAUCAUCAAAGUUUCCGACGUUUCCUCCAAUCCCUACUUUACAUCCGACGACGCCUGGGAAGUCUCCGGCGAGAAAACAUGUUUCCUCUCCAAGAUCUGCUCGAACCGUUGUCUCUCCUGUGAAAUCCCCUGGACCAUUGCGUCUCUGUUGAAAUCCCCUGUGUCCUCUUACCCCAUUGCAUCUCCUUCGAAGUCCCCUGUUUUUUCUCCCGCCACUUCUCCGGUGAAAACCCCGGUGUUCCCUCCGACUAUUAUUCCAGUGAAGUCUCUUUCCUCCGCUCCGACGACGAGCCCCACUGCUUCCAUAAAACCGCCCGCAACUGCUCCAGCGAACCAGCCACCGGUCUCACCCGAUUCACCACCAGCUAAUGCGUUGCGUUGGAUAGAUUGA